AUGGGCCAAACUAUGCUCUUAAUUCACGACAGAGACAUUGCUAUCGAGCUACUCGAAAAGCAGUCCAAAAAGACGUCGGGAAGGCCGCCCAUGGAGUUUGCCAAUCAUCUAUGUGGUUACAGUCGUUUUUUCUCAACUCGUCCACAUGAUAAUGUUCAUCGAAGGAGCCGCCGUCUUGUGCACCAAAGGAUAGGAACUAAGAAGUUAGCCGAGCGACAUUAUCAGGUUCACGCGGCGGAAGUAGGCCACUUCCUCUUGAAAUUAUUAGAAGAACCAAACAAGUUGGUAGAACAUCUUAAAAGUCAAUCGGGCGCCAUUAUUCUGAAAGUUGCGUACAAUUACUCAGUCGAACAGAAAGUAGUGGAUCCGUUGGUCCUGUUAAUUGAGCGGAUGAUGGAGAACUUCUCGGUAGCCGUCGUUCCAGGAGCGUGGCUGGUUGACCUCAUCCCAGUAUUCAGAUAUCUCCCACAAUGGCUCCCCGGGGCAUCCUUCAAGAGAAUGGCAAAAGAGGCGGACAGAAUUAAUCAAAUGGCAGUUGAAAUCCCUUAUUCCUUUGUCAGACGCCAAAUGGAGCUUGGCAGCUACCAAUCGUCGUAUGUCUCUGAGGCGAUUGAGAGCUGCACCAAUGGUAGCCCGGAAGCAGUCUUGCACCAUGAAGACGAUGAUGCAAUCAAGAAUUCUGCGGGAGCCCUUUAUGGAGGUGGUGCGGAUACCACUGUGGCGUCGCUCUGUAGCUUCGUCUUGGCAAUGUUGAAAUUUCCAGAUGUGCAAAGAAUGGCACAGGAGGAAAUAGACAAUCUAGUUGGAGACAGCCGCCUACCUCAGUUCGAAGAUCGGCAUAAGCUUCCGUUUGUCGAAGCCACUGUUAAAGAGACUUUGCGAUGGUUUGCAAUCACGCCCAUGGGCCUUCCACAUUCGGCCGACGAAGACAUUGAAAUUAGGGGCUACCAUGUUCCAAAGGGCACGAUUCUUCUGCCAGCUAUCUGGUGGUUUUUACAUGAUCCAGAUAUUUACGCAAAUCCGGACUCUUUCGAUCCAACGAGAUACUUAUCGCCCAGGAACGAACCGGACCCAGGCGCCUUUGCGUUUGGAUUUGGACGUAGGGUGUGUCCUGGACGACACCUCGCCGACUCUACCCUUUUUCUGACCAUUGCGCAGUUGCUUGCUGCGUUUAAGGUGGAGAAGGCAACGGACAAGGACGGCAACCCAAUUGACCCUCCAGUGGAAAGUAUCUCGGGUUUGAUCAAUCAUCCUAAAAGCUUCCCGUACAACAUCACUCCUAGAAGUCCAACACACGCAGAUCUCAUUCGCAGGAUUGAGAUGGAAUAUCCAUGGCAACAGAGCAAUGCUGAGGAGCUCGGGGACUUGUCUCCUAUGAAACAAGCACUAGCGGUGCCGCAAAUGCGUUGA